AUGGAUUUGUCGCGGUCGUGCGAUUUGGUCGGCCAAAUUCGCGGAACGAUUUCGGCCGAGGCGUGUUUCCCGGAUCGACCGCACGGUCGGUCCGUUCCGAUACAUUUGGCCGAUCGCGGCCGUUUCUUCCGGUCGCGUGCGCUCGACGGUUUUGUCGCGCGAUGUGAUCCGGCCGAGCGGCCGUUCCUUCCCGGCUCGACCGUACGGUCGGCCCGAUUGGAAUUGCUCGGCCAAAAUUUUUUGCGCGUCCGCGGCCAAUGUUUUGGCGCGGAUUGUGUUUUCACACCUUUUUCUCCUUCUAUCCUAUCUUAA